AUGACCAGUUACACAAAGAGGUAUUUCAGGAUUCCAGUGGCUGACCUCAGUGGUAAAGAAGCAGUGCGCAUUAUCUGUAGCUUAGAGACUUCAGAAGAAGAUGAGUUGCUACUGGCUCUCAGCAGAACCUUCCUCUCACAGCAGCUUCACAAGGGAGACAUGCUCUAUUUGUGGGAUCUUGUUUUCAUAUGGAGUAAACUCCAUGGGCGAGUGAAUACAUCCAGCCAGGCAUUAUUGGAGGAGAGCCGCCAGCUGAUGCUUACUGCCACAAAUGUCAACUCAAUUUUCCCAUUCAUCAGAGUCAUUCUGGAAGAGCUAGGCGACAAAGGACUCCAGUUUUGUGUGGAACUCUGCGCCAAUGCGCUACAGUCCUGCCUCCUUUGUGAUGCAGUCACCAAGUCCCUAAUCUACAAAACUAUUGCCAGCCUACUGCCCAAUGACCUGGAGGUGUGCCGGGCAUGUGCUCUCCUUGUCUUCUUUUUGGAACGCACUGUUGAGGCCUACAAGGUUGUCUUGCUUCUGUAUACACACCCUGACCAGGAGUACCAUGCAGAGUCCAGCCCCAUUGGCAACCACAUUCGCUUUGAAAUCCUGCAGAUCCUAAAGAAGGGCUUAUACUUUGACCCAGAGUUCUGGAACCUCAUUGCCCUGCGGACCAGCUGUUUAAAGCUAAUGAGUGAGAAGGUGUUAAAUGCGGCCCUAGAGGAAAUCAUGGAUGAAAAUUGGGUCUCUAAUUACUGUGCCAAAGACCCCACUAUGCGUUCCAACACCCAUCCGACCAACUGUCACAAACAAACAGAAGGUGAAGGUGCACACUACCAAGCAGCAGCUAAGAAACAUCAUCAUAAAGAGACCAGAAACUUCAUGGCAUCAAAAAGAAACAAGAUGUGCCCAAGCAAAACGGGAAUAUCUGAUAACCACACAGUGAAGAAGAAAAGGAACCAAGGUUCACGAUCUAUUAAGGAGCCAUCAUCCGAAUCUUUCAGGCGUUCGUUUUGGCAGCUUGACAAAACAAAGGACAAUUUUGCCCAGCAGUUUGGUUAUGGAGAGCAUAGGCGCAUCACACGACUCUCUGAGAAGAACCCCCCGAAACGGAGGAUCAGGACACCCAGGUGGCUUCUGGAGGACUCAGGAACUCUGGAGAAUAGUGCCCCUCCAAAGCUCAAAAAGUGUAGGAUGAAAUCUAAGCAUCAGAAGCGGCAUCGGGCUCCAGCAGUCAAAAAGGCUGGGACCGGCCAAGUCAAGAACAAUGCAAAACACAAAACUAGAGGCAGUCCACCCAAAGUACCCUCAGACGUACUAUGUGAAAGCCCUGAUGUAGAAAUGAAAGUUGCCCUUUCCUCACAAACUCAAGAGCAGGCCAAAGUGACCCACUCCACAAUAUCAGAUAUAGAGUUUAAUGGCCUGACCACAAACAGUGUCUGUCAAAUCACAGCGACAGUGUCACAGAACUCAUGUGAAGAUGGUGUCUCACCGGCCACAAUUGCUGAUGAGAUCCCAGAGACCUCGACUUCUAACGAGGUCUCAAACAUCGCUGUUGCAGUUGAGUUGACCGCCCAGUCUCAGGAUGUUGUUACAACUGAAUCUAUUCCCAGAGCUGAGAAGUCUCACGUUGGCAGAUACGAUGAGGAAAAAUCAAACAUGUGUUUCGACCCUUCUGAAUUAGGCACGAGUCUUUCAAAUUCAAGUGCAGCCAAUACAAGUGUGGCCAACACUCCCAAUAUGUUUGUGGCACCACUGCCUAUUGCAGGCAUUGCUAAAGUACAAGAGCCAAUACCUUUUGAUAACCCCAGCGUCACAGAAGUGUCAAAUAGCCCUAGAAUUAGUGAUAUUUUAGAGUUUCUGGUCACAGGAGAUUUAACUGAAGAUGCAGAGAUUCACAUGCCUUGCAAUGAUGAUGUCAAUGUAGCUGAAACUGAUGCCAUUGUUCUAAAUCCAAAAGACCCAGAUCCUGGUGCAAACAUUGUUGCCCCACAAAAGACAUCAGAAUCAGAGGUUUCUACGGCAUCCCGGGAUGCAAACAGUAGAGAGGACCUAUGUGCUCUGACUUUAGUAACAGAGAUAGUUACUGAAUCUGCACCACAGGCAUUUGUUCCAGAAACAGAGGUUCCCAAAGAGCCAACACAGGGAGGCCAUGCUCCAGAGGUGGCAGAGCUGGUGCUUGGAGGUAUGCCUAAUGUAACAUGCAAAAUUCCUUCUACCUCCAGCGGCUAUAUUACAGAACAGAGUGCGACCACCAUUGUCGAGGUGCAAGAGGAAGAGAGCGCUCAGGAUACAGCUCUGGAAAGUCCUGACAAUGGUGACCCAGAUGUUGUUCCUCAGGAAUCUGAGGAGUCAAAGUUGGAGUACUGUUGCACCCUCUGUAACAAGGUCUUUAAAGGUAAACGUGUGGUAGUGCACGCAAUGUUCCACUACAGGAAAGAUAAGUGUAUGUUCUGUGGGUUGUUGUUCAAAGAUGACCUCCUGGCCAUGAUGCACCUUUCUGAGCACAUAGAGAAGCUGAAGAAAUGCAAAGAGUCAGCAGGCAACAUUGCCCAAGAAAAUAAGUUCCCACAGAACAAAGGGAUCACCACACCCAAGACUGAGACCUCAAGUUCAUCUUCUGUGAAUCACAGAGGAAGACCAAGGAAAUCCACCCUUGGCCAUAAAACUUUGAAACCUUCAGAUUCAGUUCCAUCUGAAUCCAGAAAGUUGCGUUCAGCUGGUAAGCCAUCGGAUAAUAAGUUUCCAUUCAAACAUGUUCAGAACAUGUUAAAACAUGGUAACUGCAAAUCACCUGUGCAUAAAAUUAACGGCCAUAUUUGCAAAAGCCAAAGUAAGAUGGUGUUAGUCAAGCAGGAUGACUUGAAAAUGGAAGCAAUGCAGAAUAGUACACUGCUUGAAGAGUCAAGCCAACUAACAAGUCAUGGAGCUCAGGUGCUUUUGUUGCCAGAAACUCUAGAGUUGGAGGGGACUUCCACACCAGCAUCAAUUCAAGCUUUGGAGUCAUGCCAUUCCACAGAGAACAUGCCAGAGGAGUCAGAAUCUCUUGAGCUCCUUAAGACCACCCCAAAACAAGAGGAAGGUGGUGUGAUGGAGAGGAGCAUUGAGAUGUUGGCCAAGGUUUGCUGUCCUGUGGAUAGAUGCUCUUGGAAUGCAGACCUAUCCAGAAAUCGUGUUGUGUUACUGUAUCAUGCUCUGGAAGUUCACUAUGGUAAUGUCAAACCCUUAGAAUUGGCUUUCCAGAUCGGAAACAACAGAUGCAGUAUUUGCAUGAGAGUUCUGUGGAGUUUUCAACAUUACCAGCACCAUGUCGAAAGACAUAGACUCACUCCUAGGCAUCCCUGCCUUCACCAGGGUUGUAAUGCCCGGUUCAAGACAGGAAUAGAAAUGAGACGCCACACUAGGAGGCACAGUCCACUGCAGGCAGUGUGUUGCCUCCCUGGAUGCUCCAAGCUGUUUAUUUGUCUCUGGGCACUGAAUCUUCAUGAACGUGAGCAUUAUGCUUCCAAACCCAUCAUAACAGCUAAGGGAGCAAAUCUCAAAACAGGAAAUAAAUGUGAUAAAGUGCAGGCCAUGAAAAAAUGGGGCCAUAAACCGAAGGAUGCCAUGGCUGCACAGCCUGUUACUAAUGUAGAUAGAGCUGAAAGUGUGAGGAAUGCUCCAGCACUACAAAAGCAAGCUACAGAGAAGCCGUCCAAAAGAAAUCGCUCUCGGACAGCUUCUCUCACAACAUCUAAAACUCUGCCAGCAAUGGAGCAGGCUAAAGUAAAACCCAACUCUAAGGAUGUAAUUGUCACAGGGAGUCUCUCUAACAAGGACACCUUCCCACACCCCACCAAUCCCACCAGGAGAUUUAGGAGGAAGUUAAGUAAAGAGAGAAGGAUGAAAAAAAAGCUGCCUGUUCACAGUCUUCACCAAGUCUCUUCUUCCAUCAUCGAAACCAAUGGCAAAAUGAGGAAUAACUUUAUGAAAAAGAAAGUGACAAUGAAUGUAAAAAGUCACAACAGAAUGGGUUGUCGCCCUGGAUCAGGCAAGUUGAACAAACCCGUGAUGGGCCGGAAAAUGAACAGUCAUGAAGAUGGAAUCAUCUCAGAAGGGAGAAGGGAUCAGAAAACCAAUGUUGCGACUCAGCUUUCGACUAGUCCUUUAGAAACGGCACGGGCAUCAAACAUGAACAACAAAUCAAAAAAGAAGCGAAAAGAGAGGAAGCAAAUCUGUGACAUAGGUGUAGUCAAAACUACUUGCAUCAGUGGCACAGUGGAAUUAAAUGACAAUUCAAAGUCACAAGAGUCCAUAAAGCAGCAGGUUAAUGAAAGCUCUGUUCUUAAACAAAAAAAUACCUCUGAUAUUAUCACCAUACCAUCUCUAUCACCUGAUGUUUCAAAGGAAACGGUCCCUCCAGUUUCUGCUGCAGAGAAAAUGCCGAAGUCGAUUAUUGAGGAAAAGUCAAAGAAGUUGAAAGCUGCCAAAAAACGCAGUCUUCCUAAGGAUGGCAAUAAUCCAACUGCUCCAUCAGACAACAGAAAGACAAAGGAGAAACAAAAGGACACAAACACAACAGAGGGCCCAAAGAUUAAGAAGAAAUGUCCUAACAAAGAGAGAGGCACACAGUCAGCCUCAAAGAAGCAUGCCAAGUCAAAAACUGCUAAAACCCUACGAGAUACUAAUGAGGAUUUCAAGUCAAAAACUGUUAAAGCCGAACAAGAUCUGAAGGAAGAUUUCAAGUCAAAAACUACUAAAGCCCAACAAGAUACGAAUGAGGAUUUCAAGUCAAAAGCUGUUAAAGUCCAACAAGAUACAAAGGAAGAUUUCAAGUCAAAAACUACUAAAGCCCAACAAGAUACUAACGAGGAUUUCAAGUCAAAAACUGUUAAAGCCGAACAAGAUACUAACGAGGAUUUCAAGUCAAAAACUGUUAAAGCUGAACAAGAUACGAAGGAAGCUUUCGGGUUGAAAACUGCUAAAGCACAAGAUACUAAGGAAGGUUUCGAGUCAAAAACUGCUAAAGCCCCACAAGAUAUGAAGGAAGAUUUAAAGUCAAAAACUGCUAAAGUCCAACAAGAUACUGAGGAGGAUUUAAAGUCAAAAACUGCUAAAGACCAACAAGAUACUGGGGAGGCUUUACAGUCAAAAACUGCUAAAGCCCAACCAGAUACUGAGGAGGAUUUCAGCAGUCAGUUAAAACUGGAGGUUGAUGAUAGGGGUCAAUCAGAACUUGACCAGACAAUUGGGAAAGGAGCAGAAGAGAAGGCUGAAGGAGAGGCUGAAAAAACACAAGAGGCCACAUCUGUCUCUACAACUAACGUCCUUGGCUACUCCUUGAUAGUGAACGGACAAGUGGUACCCAUCAAACCAGAGAAACCUCAAGUUGAUGCAGCAAAUUCCAAGGUGGAAAUAGCCAGUGCCACACCAAAAGAGACACCCUCUAGCUAUGGGAAGAGGCUGUACAUUCGCCCCCCACCUACGGCAUACCUCGAUGAGCGAUAUACCAACAUGCCAAAGCGGAGAAAAGAAAUGUCCAUGUUCUCCCACUCCUCUCAGAAUCAUCAUCCUCCACAGCAGGCUGUCAGCCCUCAGCAGAGGCAACGCUGUGCCAACUGUUUCAUUUCCUUUAGCAGUACGGAGGAGCUGCAAAGUCAUCUGCUGCUGAAGAAGUGCUCCAACCUCUUCGGCUUUGACUCUGAUGAUGAGGACUGCCUGUAAUGCAAGGUCCUGGAAGGGCCACAAUGUUUGAAAUAGCCAAUCUGAGGACUACUGAAUUGAUUCACAGUCAGACUGUUAGAAGUGCCUGCCCUGGACCCAAAUUGCUGUUCCCAGUACUUCAUCUGGUAGUGAUCAAGUAUUCUGGCUCAAAGACUGGACUCUUGAAAGCUGUGAAAUUGUAAUUUUGCAGAAGUCAAACAGGGCUGCACCUAUUUUUAUUAGGAUACACAUUCUUUGCAUCAGUAAGCCAUAAAAUUAGAUCACAAUAUUUGCUUUUUGCACUGUUUUUUUUUUUAACACAAACCUUUUGCUUCAGUUUUUUCUGCCUUUAUCAGCAUUAUCUCAAAUAUUGGAUUCAUAGUGGACAGUUAAGCAUCAAGAAUGUCAUGCUUGCUUAAACAUCCUUAAUGUUACAUUUUCAUGGAUUACACCUUUGUAAGUUUAAGUUUAAUGUGUGGAUCUAAUUGUACUUAUUUUUGAUAAGACUAAUUCUGUUCCUCAAACCUCAUAGUGGGGUUAACUAGCUCUGUGCUACUUUAUGUACGCUGCAUCAGUUUUAUUCUUAUAAUCAUGAGUAACCAAUAGGGGGCAGAGUUCACCAUAGCUGACACCCUCCUGGUUAUGCUAAAAUGAUAUUGUUUCUCUUGCUAAACAUAAUGUAAUGAGAGUAUAUCAUGUGCUCUGCCUGCAACAAAGAGGGAGUCACAAAUCAGCAAUCCCACAAAACGGAUUAGUUCAAAUUAUGUUGUUGAACAUUUCAUCCGAACAUCCCAAUGAUUUAUUUUUCAUCUAGCAAUGACAUUUGUGAACUACAAAACGUGCCCCCUAUCCCUAAUUAAAUCACACUGGUUAGGUCUUAAUUUUGCCCUCGUUUUACUUGCAAAUGACCCACUCCAGGGUUGAAACUUCGGCUCUCAUCUCUUUUGUUAAUGGAGAUUAUAUUUUCAUGUCGGCAAAACUCGACUGAGCCUUCCGAGACCUCAGAUAUAAUGUGAUUUUUGUUUGAAUGCAGGUGUUCUCUUCAGUGGUCCCAAUGGUGGACGUAGGAAAAACUACCACAGCAUUAGGGUCACCGGGAGUACACUCGAAGGCUGUGAGUCAUUCAUAAUCAACAUCAGGUUUAAUUUAUUUAUAUGCUUAUUUUCUAUCUUUUGUAAAUAUUUGAAGAGUUUGAUUGGCUUGUUAUAUAUAUGGGUGUUGGAACUGGGUUUAUAUCUUGCUCUUGAAGUAAAAUAAAACACUUCCAAUGA